AUGCAACUACUGCACAGUAUGCAGGGUCUAAUGCAUCCCUUAGUGAUGAAAGCCAGGUGCUCAUUGCGGGAUAUUGACCCCCAGAAUGAUUUGACAUUCCUCCGGGUGCGAUCAAAGAAAAAUGAGAUUAUGAUUGCUCCAGAUAAAGACUACAUGUUAGUGGUCAUCCAGCAGCCGUCGGAGUGA